CCGCCAAUUAGCGGCGCGAUGGGUCAGAAGAUCUCGGCGGGCAUCAAGUCGGUGGACGUGCGGGGCGAGCCGGCCUUCCGGCCCGUGCGGCGGGAGCUGCGGGGGCCGGACUUCUCCAAGCCGGCCCGGCUGGACCUCCUGCUGGACAUGCCGCCGGCGCCGCGGGACCAGCAGCUGCGGCACGCCUGGAACGCCGAGGACCGCUCGCUCAACAUCUUCGUCAAGGAGGACGACGGGCUGACCUUCCACCGCCACCCGGUGGCGCAGAGCACGGACUGCGCGCGCGGGCGCGUGGGCUACACCCGCGGCCUGCACGCCUGGCGCGUCCGCUGGCCGCUGCGCCAGCGCGGCACGCACGCCGUGGUGGGCGUGGCCACGGCCGAGGCGCCCCUCCACUCCGUGGGCUACACCUCGCUGGUGGGCAGCACCCCGGAUUCCUGGGGCUGGGACCUGGGGCGCAACAGGCUCUACCACGACAGCAAGAACCAGCCCCCGUCGGCCGCCCCCUCCUACCCGGCCUUCCUGGAGCCCGACGAGGCCUUCGUGCUGCCCGACGCCCUGGUGGUGGUGCUGGACAUGGACGAGGGCACGCUCAGCUUCAUGGUGGACGGCCAGUACCUGGGCGUGGCCUUCCGGGGCCUGAAGGGGAAGAAGCUGUACCCCAUCGUCAGCGCCGUGUGGGGCCACUGCGAGAUCACCAUGCAGUACAUCAACGGCCUCGAUCCGGAGCCCCUCCCCCUGAUGGACCUGUGUCGGCGAGCCGCGAGGCUGGCGCUGGGCCGAGAUCGGCUGCACGAGAUCGAGUCGCUGCCGCUGCCCCAGUCGCUGAAGAAUUACCUCCAGUACCAGUGACCGCAGGCGGACUCCACGAGGAGGCGGAGAGCAACACUGGAGAAAGGAAUCCGAUCAAUGCAAGCGACGGACAAGGCCAAGGCCAGGGCCAAGGAUUCGGUCUCGAAGGAUGAAUUUGUUUACAUUUAGCAUCGCACCUCUGUGCUGCGGAGACUGCGGAGAGUUUUAUUUCGGUUUUGGUUUGGUUUUUAAUUUAUUGAUCGCUCGUAAUGCAGACGGACGGACGGACGGACAGACGGGCACGGAUGGAGGUAACGGGAGCAGACGUGGGGAUGGGGCAGGAAGUGCCCCGCCCGGUCGCCCUUACGGCCCGUUUCGGGAUCGCGUCGGGACAGCACGCUAACCUAGGGAUGCCUUUGAAUAGGAUUAUAUUUAUAUUCAGGUCUGUAUACCUCAGACUCUCUGAGUUAUUCUCUUGCCAUCCUAGCCCUAAGGAACUGAGAUAUAUGCCACACACCACAGAUAUCCAGCCAGUUUUUGUGCUCAGUUUCCUUGGCUAGUAGCCACCCUGCACAGCGCCCUCUAGGGGUGACUCUUGGGCAGACGGUGCCAGCUGGAAUGGUACGAGCCUGAAAUGCACACAGUAACCAUAGCGCCCGUGUCACGUGUGAAACCGCAGCGAGAUGUAGUUCUCGAAAGGUUCGACAUGGCUACGCGUCUCAGACCUUCUCCACUCCUCGAAUUCUUCCUUUUUUGUAUUUUACGUAAAAAUCAAAUUUUUUUUUCCGUUGGCUUUUUUUCUAAAUCUUUUCUUUUUAAGAUUUGGUCAUCCUUGUAUCUUUUGGAAAUCCCCCUUAUUUAUGGACUACGGUUUUUUAAAAUAAUGAUGGCAAUUUAAAAAAAAGUAACUGUCUACAGUUGUUUUUAAAUGUAAUCUUCAGGCAAGCACACAUUUUAAAGAUGUCACCUGAGAUUUUUUUCAAAAACAUGCUGCUUUUUCCGUAUUAUUAUUAUUAUUAUUAUGAUUUCUAAUACUGUAAAUCUAUCUUUCCUGCUCAGCUCUUCUGGGUCUGGAAGUCAUGCCAUGAAAACUAGUGGAAUGUAUAGACAGUGCUGCCCCUACCGUAUUUUAAAUGUGAAUAAAAUCAAGCGAAUGACUGAGAA